UGCGGACCCAUUGCUCUACACACGCAGCGGAACACCGAAACACACCAGAUAGCCGCAGUAACACGAACGAGAACGACAAAAUGCGGUGGUUAACAUUGAUAUUGGUGUGUGCUGUCUUAACAAGAGUGACUUCAGAACCGGACCCAAAAAAAUAUAAGCCCGAAGAUGCAGAGAAAGAUAAAAAAUCGGGAUCGCUUUUAACUAGUGAUGAGAAGAAAUUUUUAAGAGAAGUCGAAGAAAAGUUCGGCAUAAAACCUCAGGUUCCAGUUGAAGUAUUAAACACUACAGAUGAUAAAUUAACAUCAGAAAAUAUAACAGAAAAAACUCCAUUACCUGCUGUUAUUGCCAUUGAAAUUGUUAAUGAUACAGACUCCUCUUCUAAAGGAAAGAGAACCAUUGAUGCCAACCUUGGUUAUGGCUAUCGUACCAAUGAAGGAUACACGUAUACUUAUUUUGGAAAACCAAAACAAGAAGAAGGUAAAUUUAUGAUUUACCCUUACUCGCAACAAGAAUCUUCUGAAGAAUACAAUAGCCAUAGUUCCGAAUAUUCACAACAAUCAUCAGGACAACAUUCUCACGCAACAAGUGUAGAAAUUCAACCAUCACGGGCAUUCGAAUUAGUAUCGGUAAAAAAUGAGCAUUACAAUAAUGAUAAUUCACAAUCUGUGCAGUCAUCACCGGUAUACCAUCAAAAAGAAACCACAACAACAUUCCCAUCGACUCUGUACACGACAUAUAAUGGCCAAGGUCUAUCAGGAUUAAGUGGUCACUUCCCAAGAUUAAUGUCAAAUUACUUCGUAAAUCCCAAGCAACUUUUGAAUAAUCCUCAUUAUCAAAAUAUCGGGUUAAAUCAGGAUCAUUUAAGUACGAAUGGUUUAGAAGAAAAUAAACCUGUGGUGCCAGUUUUAGUGCUAAGAAUACCAAGUUCGUAUAUAAAAAAUCCUACUGCUGAAUUAUAUGCAAACUUGCCGAGUAAUUAUCCUCACUCAUACUAUCUAAACAACGUCAAUCUUCAAGAUUUGGUAAACCAGUAUUUUAAGAAAAACGGUUAUGACUCUGCACCUCAAGUAAUGACGUAUCAAAAUCCUCAACUUUCAACUUCUAUGACACCUACAGUAUCAUCUACAUACAGUGCUGAGCCACAACAAUAUUCAAAUCCCCACGUUCAACCAUCGUAUACUCAAUCUGAUUAUUCCGGUGUCCAGUAUUCUGGAGUGAAACCUGUUAUGGCCAAAUAUCCUUCAACCUUCGGUAGACCUAAAUAUUAUAGUUCCCGAAUUCAAUCUCAGUAUAGAAGACCUGUUCAGCAAACCAAAUAUGAAUACCGAUAUCAAUAUGUACCUCAAACACCAGGCUAUACCCAAGCUUACUAUGGACAUUCCCUUCAAAAGGAUCCUCAGGAAUCGACGGUGGCUACAUAUGAACAACAAAGUGAUCUCUCCGCCUUAGCCACGCCAUCUUCCGAUACAAUCAGUAAUACUGAUCAUGGAUCUUCUCAAUAUUCUGCAAACUAUGACAGUAAGGUCAUCUCAGUUCAGAUUGAUAAUAAUACACCAUCGCAAUCCUCACAACAUGCAGAUACACCCAACAUCGAGACACCGCAAUACGAUUUCUCUAAGGAAAGUCAAGAAGCGUACAGUCCUCAACAAAGCUUAACCCGGGACUAUUCUAGCCAACCUCUAUCAGACUACACAUCCUCACAACUUGCAGGAUAUUACGCGCAAAAACAGAUAGACCCUACAGAAACAGUGAACGCAUAUCCAUCACAUGCCCAAAACACGGAACAAGAACAUCAAACCUAUUCAGAGGUUAGUGCGAGCCAAGGUUACGAUUAUCCAAAGCCAAGAGAAGAGUCAGUUGGUAAUUCAUAUGUAGUCCCCGAAACGUAUUCAAAUAAAGAUCAUACUAUCGCUACAGUUCUGCCCUUCACCUACAAACAACCUAAGAGACCGAACACUGCUACUGUCCAAACAGUAAGCUACGUAACUCCUGAGCCAUCAUCUAAAUAUCAAUCCCGCUAUAGAAUAAUGGUGCCACAAACUGUACUGAAAAGUCAAGAUGAGAAAGUUACUUACGUUAAUUCAAUGCCAAUGCAUUACACUAAAUUAGGAUUUUAUAAUCAAGAUAAUUCUGAGGAAAAUUCCAAAUAUAGUGUUGGAAAUUAUUACAGUGCCCCAACGAAUAAACAUAAAUCUGGCUCUCAUACUAGGAAUUAUCACAAUUAUUUAAAACGUAUGGUAAGACCUGAUGGUAAAGCUGAAGGGUCAUCGACCUCACAGUCUAAGAAAUCAAAUGAUAAGAAAAUAUCACAAUAAAACACAAAUAAUUAAUUUUAAAAUAAGAUUUUUUUGUAUAUACGAGUCAAUGUUACUAGUGCAAGUUUUGUAUUGGUAUUUGUAGUUUAAUGAAUGUUGUCAGAAUCAAAAAUGUAUUUUUAUGAAAGAACAUUUAUAAAAAUACGAUUCUAAAAUGAUUGUUGUAUCCUAAAAAAAAUCAGAGUUAUUUAUUUAUGAGGCUACAUGACGAAUUAAUGUGGCUGUUAAUGUGCAAUAAUUAAAGGUAAGAACAAAAUUGUAAGA